AUGAUAGUAAGUCGUCCCAGUGUUCUGGCACGACUUUAUCGCACAUUGCAUCAUUCCGGUGCGGUCGCACCGAUGAACCAAUCGCAACAGUACAGGGUAAUUGCGCUAGAGGAACCAACUGCAUUCAAGGCCGAUGAAGUAACUGGCGAUUUGAUCAUUCAUGAGGGCAAUUCGGACUUCACAUUUGUCAGGUAG